GCGAUAACUCGGCACCAGCUGAUGCUGAAGCGCUGAUUUGAUGUGUGUUUUGAUUUCGAAUACUUUUAUGUAAUGGUGAAAGUGGAGGUGGAAUACUGUGGCAUCUGUAACUUCCGCGGACAGUGCCACCUGCUGCGCGAGUUCCUGCUGGCCUCCUCGCCCGACUUGGACAUGUCCUGCCACCAGGGACGGCGGGGAUCCUUUGAGGUGGCCAUCGACGGACAGCUGGUGCACUCAAAGCUCUCCUGUCUGGCAUUUCCCCAGCACGCGAGUGUGCUGGCCCAAGUGCAGAAGGCUGAGCGCGGGGAGCCCGUGGAGAAAGCCAUGGAACAGCCCAUCAAGGACUGCAUUGUUAUGUGAUCUUUUCAUGAUUUCAGUUGAAGUAACCUACUUUCAUGGAUAGACUGCUAAAAUAUGAUAGAACAAAAUCAUACGGUGCUAGAACAUUUGUGGCACCCUUUCCAAAACCUGUGAUACAUGGCGCUUUGUUUAUAAAUAUGAUAAUGCACUCCCUACUCCUUUAAUGGAUAGCUUGCUGAAUUUAAUGCAAUGGAAACCGGUUAAACUACAGAUCCAGUCUUUAGUGAAAUCAGCUAAACAGUCGCAUUAAAUGAUACCACUUUGCCAGUCGUUCUGGGCUUACACUUUA